CAACUUGUGUUAGUAUUUAUGCUAUAUCCCAUCAUCUUUUUAAACGCUAGCUGCAUUUCGUAUGAUGGUGUAUAGCUCAAUAAGUUUAAUAUACCUCUAACUUAUGUCAAUGCUAAUUGAUGAACUAUCGAUUGAUACAGGUUAGAAAAUUUAUUUACGUUUGCAAAAUUGACAUCAACAGAAAAUAUGGAUAGCAGCUCGGACGAAGAUAGUGUCUUAAGUAAUGAGGAUAUGAAAUCAAGAACAACAGAUCCAUUUAGUAAUUAUUCUCCAGAUGAUCCUAGUGAUCCCCAUUACUCUGAGAUAGGCAACAUAAUGUCUGCUUUUGAUAACGAUGAUAAUUAUUUAAAUCGUGAAAAAAGAUCUAGACACUCUUCUUCCUCUUCCUCUGAUGAUAAUAACGAUCAACAAUACGAUAACUUGUCAAACUAUAAAUACAAAAUGAAUGUCAGCAAACACGAUGAAAGCAUGAGCAAACAUAGAAAUAGACGCAAAAAACUGAACAGUGGAGAUGCCAUUAAUAGUAUAGAGAACGAAAAACAUACUCAAAAGACUGAGUUAGCAAACAAUAUGCUUAUCUAUGAAAGCAAAAAUAAUCUAUCUCAUACAUCAAAAGCUCAAAAUAUGAUGAAAAAAAUGGGAUACAAACCAGGAAAAGGUCUUGGAAAAGAUGACCAAGGUCGUGUAGAACCAGUAGAAGCAAUUACGCAACGAGGCCGAAGAGGAUUUGGACAUUAUGUACCAGGUCUGAAAGAAGCAAGUCUCAAAUGGAAUCCUGAAGAAGAAGAAAUAAAAGCUAUAGAAGAUAUUGAAUGGUUACCAAAUGUACAUUCUCAGACGCUCCUAGCUGAGAACAUGAUUGAUUGGAUAAAAAAGGGACCGAAAAAACUUACCAUAGAAGAUGAAAUCACGUAUUGUAAUCCAGAAAUUUUGGAACAAAUUAUCAGGUCAAAAACUGUAUUUGACAAAUUAGAUAAGGUUGAGAUGCGCAAAGCGAGAACUCGUUCAAAUCCUUAUGAAACAAUUCGCACUGCUAAUUAUUUGAAUCGUGCAGCUGUCAAAAUGGCAAAUAUCGACAGAGCAUGUAAUUUCAUGUUUACCAAACCAAAAGGUUUACGUUCCGAUGAAUUAUUGUACUUCGCCGAUGUAUGUGCCGGUCCGGGUGGUUUCAGCGAGUAUAUUCUGUCAAGAAAGAAAUGGUAUGCCAAAGGAUUUGGAUUCACUUUGAAAAACGAAAAUGACUUCACAUUGGACGAGUUCUUUGCUGGUCCAUGUGAAACCUUUCAUCCUUUUUAUGGUUCUAAAGGCAAUGGAGAUGUAUUUGAUCCACAAAAUCAAGAAGAAUUUAGAUCUUUAAUAAUGAAACAUACAUAUGGCACAGGUGUGCAUUUUAUGAUGUCAGAUGGAGGAUUCUCUGUGGAAGGUCAAGAAAACAUACAAGAGAUUUUAUCUAAGCAAUUAUAUCUGUGUCAGUGUUUGGUGGCAUUAAUGAUAGUGAGACCAGGUGGACACUUUGUGACAAAAUUGUUUGAUUUGUUCACACCUUUCAGCGUUGGACUUGUUUAUCUAAUGUAUAGAUGUUUUGAAAAUAUUUGUAUCUUCAAGCCCAAUACUUCUAGGCCAGCUAAUUCGGAACGUUAUUUAAUAUGUAAAACAAAAAAAAUCGAUACACAAGCGAUAGUUCAUCAUCUUUCUCAUGUUAAUCAUUCACUUUUAACAAAAGAUGAUAAGAAUGAUAUAAUUCAAUUAGUACCGCUCGAUGUGUUAGAAGCAGACAAGGCAUUUAUAUCAUAUUUGAGAAGCUCUAAUGACGCUCUAGGAAAGAAACAAAUAAUAGGCCUCUUAAAGAUCGCGGCUUUUUGCGAGGAUCCGAUGCUGACUGAGCCAAAACAAGCGGAUAUGCGAAAGGAAUGCCUGAAUUAUUGGAAUAUACCUGAUAAAACUCGCGUGAGGCCGCAAAUUGUUAGACCUCAAGAUAAAAUAUGGGAAAUUUUAAAGGGCUCUGAAUGUUUCUUUGGUUUUGAAGCACAGAAAUUGAAGAGCGAUAAUGUAAAAAGUAUUUUGAAUCAACCAUACAAUUGGUAUUGCAUGCCCUGUGGUUCUGGUCCUUAUGUCGAAGAAGAUAAAGCAGCAACGUUUUAUUUGGGUUUGGGAAGGAGAAAAGUGUUUCGUUACAUGAAAGGAGGCAAAUGGGAAUCGAUUGGCGAUGUAAAAAUAGAAUUACCACCUGAUACUCUUGUAUAUGCUGAAUUAGUAUAUGAAACAAAAUGGACAGGAAAAUAUUUCUCCAAGACACGUGCAUUGCAUAUUUUGGAUGCUUACAUGCUUGGUGGAGAAGAUGUUAACAAACGAUAUCUAGAUGAUAGAUAUAAAUUAACUAAGCUAUUUUGUGAUGCGUUAUGGAAACCAAUUCCAAAUGACUACGUAUGUGUGCGCGCAAAGGAGAGGUUCAUGCUAAAUCCCGAUAUAGGGAAGAACUUGCGUGUCGCGCAACGUCGUGUAAAAAUGCCCAUUGCGUUCGAGUCGCAAAAGAGUCUCUUGGAACGUGACGGCGAAAAUGAUGAGGAACCCAUAUAUUCUGCAUACAACAGCGUACUUUUCUUAAAAAGCGUCGCUCAACCUUGGUCUCGUCAUAUUAGCAAAAAAACAUACGAAUUUUAUGUCUACAAUCCGCUUACCAAAAGAGCAGAAUAUGAAAUCCGAAACAAUCUACCUAAUAGACCGUCCGAAGCCGAAGCCGAUUUUAAAGAGACAUUCGAGAAACGUAUUAUCUGGCAUUGGCCUGGUGAUAGCCUAGCAUUGAAUAUGGACACUUUAGUUGCAAUGAUAAAUUCAUCACAAAAUGUCUGAAUCAUGUGUAUUAUAUUAUUAUACAUAUCAUAAAUAAUUAUAUCAAAAAUUUUUUUAAAUUGAAUUUUUCUUAAAACAUAUUACUUUUGAUUAUAGAGAAUUUGUUAUAGUUUCAUUUAAUAAUUAAUAUCUCAAAAUUUUUUUUAAUUUAAAAUAAGAAAAUGUAUUAGAAAAUAUUUAAUAACUUAACAAAUUAUAAUCUCUCUCUUUAGAAAGAUAUAAGAAAUUUAAAAGACUGCACCUUCUAUGCAUAAUGAUAUACUUUAGUUUACAUGAUGAAGAAUCACAUAAGUAUGUGAAUCGUGUAUUAUAUUGUACAUAUAUAUUACAAAUUUAUAUGUAUGUAAUUAAUUUUUUUUAGUUUUGAUUUUUCUAGGUUAAUCACGAAAAUUAUGGGAAAUUAAAAUAAAAAAAAAUUUAGAAAAUAUUUAACAAAAAUUGGAAAACUAUAAUUUUUUUCAUAUAUGAAUAAUUUAAGACAUUGUGUCUCAUACAAUUCUAUAUAUCAUAGAUUAGUUAUAUGUAUUUUUUGAUGUUGAAACAAUUAAAAACAUAGGUAAAUAUUCUAUAUUAAUACAUUAACAAAUAAUUAUGGUCAAGUUGUAAUAACUGUUAUAAUCUGUACAUGAUCAUUGUAAAAAUAUAGUUAACAAAACACAAUAAAAAAAAAAAAAAAUAAACAAAAUAAACAAAAAUUAAUAA